UACUCUCUCUGUCUCUCUUACACACACAGAAAACAUUUUUGCUCCCUCACACACAUUUUUUUCUCUCUCUCCACCUUCUCUCUGCUGCCUCAUUGGACUAUGCGCCGCACAAGAGGUAAUUUCAGCCACUUCAUUCAUUAAGCAUCACUGGAUGUUGGAACAAGCUAAUUAAAAGGAGAGUGAGUGUGUGUGUGUGAGUGUGUACGUGAGGAAGAUUCAGAGACUGAGACACUGCUGCUGCCACUGCCGCUGCUGCUGCCGCUGUCUCUCACGCUUCACUGUGGACCGAGAAGGAGCUGGAGAGAGCAGAAGGAGGAGAAGAGGAGGAAAAGAGGAGAGAAGACGGCCAGUCGGAGAAAGAUUUUCACACUCCUUAACCAUCAUCUGUUUUGACAUGGCCACAGCAUAGGAAUCUGGUGUCACGGCAACGGUCAGCUUGGCUACAAGGUAUCCAAGGUAAGCAAGGGAGGAAGGAAGGAAGGAUGACUGGAUAGAUGGAGUGAUCCUCAGCGUUGUAGCCAGAGGGAACAGUCAUGCCGAGGAACUCUCUGUUUUGCAUUUUCUGCGCUUUAAGUGGAUCAUUUCUUCCUGAUCUAAGAGUGUGCCUGAGGUGUGAGUGUGGGGGUGUGUAUUGUAUGGCUGGGGGAGUGUCACUCUGUGGUUCUGUGUGUUUUCUGGUGGUAUUCCCCAAACAGAAGCCCUAAUUAUCCAGCAUCGGGUAAAUCCUAUUAUGGUUUUACUCGCCUCCUUGACUUUGUCCUAGUAAAAGGAAGGGAUUAUCAUAUAGCAAAGGAAGUGGGGUGUUUGUUUAUUCAUAAUUUAGCUCAGGUGGAAGAAAAGGUGCUUUUUGUAAUGAUUGUACAAGGUGUAUGCCGUGCAUGGAAACGUGAAAGUGUGACAAAGCAUGGUGUCUGCAUCGAGAGCUAAAUAUUAACCAUGAGAUAGCGGGUUACAAACGCAAAACAAAUUCUGAAGCAACAGAGCUGAGGGAAGUCAGGCUUCACUCUGAUGGAUAGUGACAGCACUGGGCUGCAGGUAAACGGUCAAAAAAAAAAAAAAGGGGGGAGAGAGACUGUUUCUAUCUUUGCUCCACACUGGAAAUCGCUCUGCAGUCGGAGUUUUGAAUAUUUAGGUUAUCCCUCUGGAUGUGGCGUGCAGGACUCAGAGAACGGCUGACUGACAGCUGGCAUUUUAACGCUGUGUUGCUGUUGCACCUUCUCUAAUGAUUCCCGUUCCGAAAUACAGAAACAUUUAGCCAUAUUAUCUUUAUGAAAAUUAUAUAAAAAGCACACAGCAGCAGUAAGAGUAAAAUCAAGCAUGCUGUGUGUGUCUGUAUGCGCGCAGACAUUUGUACUGUGUGUCCUGGGGCAAUGUGGUGGACUGCAGUGGCAGAGGAGAGGACAUAUGGCCUGUUGGGUCUCUCCUCUUCGAAUGGAGCCUUUCAGAGCAGCAGGCAGUUCAAAUAUCCAUCCACAAUAUGUGCAACGGUUUGUGUAUUGAAACACAUGAGUGUUAAAUUGUUGCUAACGCUCCUCUCAUCUCUCCUGCAUAAAGAUUUUAUUCCCUUCCUGGUUUGUUUUGGUAUCCUCAGCUCUCAUCUCUAUCUUCCUUUCCUUCAGACUAUCUCUUUGACCAUCAGUCUCUAUCUGUGUUGGAAGUUUAGUUGAAUUACCGCUGAUUGAUGAGUGGACUAUCACAUUAGGUCGCUUUUGUUGGGCCCCAGACUAAUCAGAUAAAAACCAGCUGGACGGCCUCUUUCUUGGGAACUCAGAUGCGUGCACCAGCACAAAGAUCGCUGCAUCAUAACUGGAUUUUGCAGUGACACGUAACAUGGUAAUGUGAUUACUUUAACCACAAAAAAGCUUCACUCUCAUCAGUGGGCACAUAGAACUUUUUAUUUUUAGUUUAGUUGAUGCAUUUACUGUUCAAAGAAAUGAAAGAAAUUCAACUUUAAGGAGUUUUUAAUGUUUUAUUACUUUGUUAAACUGACAUUUAACCUGAGUAAGCCAAUAUUCAAUAUUCAUGUACCUCUCUCCAUUUCUGUUUUUCCUCUAUACCUGUACCCAGGCAGAUUAUCUAACUCUCUGGUUUCCUAAUGCUCUGGUGCAUUUGCCAGCUUGUCACAAACAACGCUCUACUGCUGUGUUUGUUUCCCAGCAGGUAGUGUACUUCGACUUCACGCACCAACUAAAAACAUUUACUGGCUGCUGAAAGCAUCGAAAGUAACAACAAACUGUUGAGAUGUUGGCCAUGCGGCAGAAAAAUUGAGUUGAAACUUACGUAAAAAGCCUGCAAAGCGUUAUGAAGUGAGCCUGUUCAUUGUUAUAGUGUAGAGAGAGUAGAUUACAGCUGCUUGAACACUAAGGGCCGAUCCGAAUUGUCACUCUUUCCCCUUUCCCUUCGUCUUACCCCUUUAUCUCUCUCUUGGCCGUCUGUUUUGAGGGCCUAGGGGAAGGGGUGAAAACAGGCUCCUAAGAAACGAGACGCCACUUGAUUCCCGCUACAUAAGCGUGCCUUGCCGUUUGCAGCAAAUUUGUCACCUGAAUCUGACAACAGUGUAGCUAUCGAUAGCUCUAGCUUCAUUAGCUAGCUCAUCAUAACGCGUAAUUUUAAAAUGCAAACAAUUCAAACAUCGCUAAUAUUUAUGUGGAGUAGCAAAGGAUUGAAUAUCUGAUUAAAAAAAACGUAAGUGUCAUUACUAUCAAAAUCUUACCCCUUGCUUUCAAAUGAGGUCCUUGUUAGGGUGACCAUAUUCUGACUUCCCAAAAAGGGGACACAACUACAGGGGGGCGGAGUCACAGAGUCACACAAAGUUAAUUUUGAGAGUUUUUCGGGUCGGAUCAAGUGUCUUUAACUUCUACAUCUCUUUUGCUUCUACCUCAGUAAGUCCACGGGACACAAACUCGAAACUUCCCCGGACAAACGGGGACAGCCCGGCCAGCCCCUCCCAAAAAAGAGGACAUGUCCGGGUGAAAGGGGACGUAUGGUCACCCUAGUCCUGGUUUGUCUUCGUUUUAAGGACUGUGUACCCCUUGCCUUAAGCCCUACCUCAGUAAGUCCACGGGACACAAACUAUAGGGGAAUAAGGGGUAAGACAAGGGCUGAGGGGUGUAAUCAAGAUUGGCCCUAAAUAUGUCAGCAUCUGUGUCAAAUGUCUGGGAAGCUUCAGGAGAUCUAGUUUUGUUAAAAGACCCCUUUGAGGAGAGCAAGUAAAAAACCCUGAAAGUGUCUGUGAAGGUUUAAAAAUGGUACAACAAUAUAGUUAGUUUUCUAUCAGUCACAUGUGUGAUGGUGUAAGUUGAAUUUUCUUUUUUUUUCCAGAGUAAACCUUUAGAUCAUUGUCAUUCUCAUCGUUCAUGAGUUUUAGGCCAAUGCGCUAACUCAGAAAAAGCCACUGAGAACAGUUUACUUGUACCCGAUGUGCGUGGGAUAGCCUUGAAGUCUGCAUUAAAUAAUUGGGGGGAGAAACAAGCUUAAAAUUUCCAAUUUUUAAGUGAAGUGGUCCCAUGCUGGGUGUCCUACUUAUCAUGAUUCAUCAAAAGCUUCUCAUCUUUGGCCACCCAGGUGACUCCUCCUGAAACACUGUUUAAUCUCCAGGAGAUCUGCCACCACCAACUCACAGCCCAUGUGAGCGCUUCCUCAGCCGGUGGGCCAAACAGUGGGAGAGAGCCUCUUUGUGCUCCCACCCACUAAAGGAUUGAAACACUUAACACCACCUCCCAUCACUGGAGAAGAAACAGAAACAAUCCUUACCUCUGUCUCCCUGUUUCUCUUUCUCUCACUGUUGGUGUCCGUUACCUGAAGCUUCUGCUCGUUCACCCUGACAGCUACCUUUUCUUUUGGACAAACCUCACACACCCACAUAAUGCACUCACACACUCGCACUAAGUCGUGCCGAUGCUCUCUGAGAGCGGUCUUUGAUGGCACACUGCGUUGUGUUGAGGGCUGCUAAGAGCUUGGCUUCAUGCCUUAUUCAUCCCUCAGGCCUAUUCUCUCUACCAGCAUCGAAGGAAUUAGCUGGAGAAACGCUCCCUCGCACAGAACGCACCGCUCACAAGCAGAAUGGAGGUCAACCAUAUUGGUUUUAAAUUUUCAAAUUGAUAAAACUACUGCAAAAACUGGUUCUAGUUUGUCAAAAUAAUGGUGGAUGAGUAAAUAUUUCAUGCCUGGAGGUUAAAGAGCUGGAAAGGUUUUACAACCCUCUGGUACCCACAUCACAAGGCUCAUUCAUAUUCUGAGGCCAAAUCAUCAAACGGGCAUUUAUCCACUGGAAGAGCAUCCAGAGGCCACUUAUUUACACAUUUUAUACACUCUAAACUAUAUUUUUUAGUGUAAAUCCCCUAGAAGGGUAUCCAGAGGGCACUUUUUUGCACUUCUUUAUGAGAUGCCUGAAGAAGAAACACAUGAAACGUGGGGGGAGAUGUGCUAGCAAAGGGUCAUUGCUUGGAGCUGCAGCAAGGAGUAAAGCCUCACAUGGGUGAAACACCAGGGCCAACUGGUGUCCCGUUUUUUAACAGCUUCUGGCGAAUCCAGCAAUCAAUCCACAGCACUGCUUUAAGUGCGUCAUAAAUUAUGGCUGAGAUAAUAAUCACAUGAAAAAUCAAGCAACCUCACCUAUACUUCGACCUUGAUCUACAACGUUAGAUUCAUAUCAAACCCUGACUUUUCCAGACAUUAAAGUAGAGUUAGGAUGUGUGCAUGUAAUUUACUUAGUGUCUCAGAGUUGAUGAUAGUUGCUCGCUUUUUCGGAUGUUUUAUUUCGGCCGAAAGAUCUAGCUUGGCCUUUUGCAAUGUUUCUGACAGGCAUUCAUACAAUUAAGUUAUGUUUUUCAAUGUUAUAUGAGACAAAGAAAAGAUAUUUUACAUUGAAGAUACAAAACAAUUCCUCUUAAACAUUUGUCGUAAUAGAUUACAUUUGAUUUGUUUUUUGCUCUGUCACAUCUAAGUCACAAAUGGGCUGAAACUGCUUUAAAGGAGAGAUCAUUUGGAAGAGAUUUUCACCCAAGUCAUUUCUCCUCAUUUAUAUCUCACAAUAUGUAUGUGUAGAUUAUGUGUCCUGAAAUCUUACAGUCCUGUGAGUAUUCAAGUGUCUGCAUUUUGUGUCCCCAAUGGUCCUAAAAGUCACAGCGCUGAAAGAAAAAAAUAUGAUUUAGGCGAAAAUUGUGGAAAAAAGUAUGUCACUGUCUGUUUGAUGAGCCAGAGUUACCUGAAUGAUUCACAACUGGGCUUCAAUGAAAGCCAAGAGGGCCUCCUUUAAAAUGAUACCAAACCCAGUGUUAUAAAACACUGAAAUAUAUCCUGAUCAUGAGCCUAAACCAGGAGAUUCACCAGUGUCUGAGCUGCAGUUUUCAUAACGGGGUGGUUUACUUCAUGAGCUGAUAACUGUGACACAGCUGCCACUCAGGAAAGUCUAUUAUUACAAAAUCUUAACUGCAGACAUUGACCUUUUAAAAAAACAUGACAAAGCUUUUCCAUUUUGAGUGGUACACCAAUACCUGGUCUGACUCCUCGACUAAGGGAGCAUCUGUCUUUCGUGAUGUUGAAUAGUCUCCUUAUUUCAAACCUAUCACCUGCAGAAACAUCUCAUAAAACCUGACUGAGAAAGAAACACCUGAUUUUUUUCUGUUUUUUUGCACCAACAAAAUCUCAAAACUACAAUUAUUUGUGUUCUUUCAUUCUUUGCAACUCUUGUAUGGAAGCGCAGUAGCUCUGGAUGCUCUUUUAUCACAAUGAUCGGAGCGAUGAAUCAGAUCAAUUCUGCUGAAUACACCAAACCGAACAAACUCCAAAUGUCACAUUUAGUUUUGUUCAAGAAAACUGCUGAUGAUAGACUCAGAAUACUGACAAGCACAAUUGAUUGUCAUAUUAGGACUAUGGUUGUUGUGCUUUAACAUUUUUUAUUAUUUAGUAGUGCGGUAACUAAACUAACAACAUCAGUGUAUCACAACAACAGUGUGUAGUGUGAAACAACAACAGAUGUGCAAAACAAAGACAUCGGGGAAAGCCCUGGAUCAAUCCAAAGCUCAUUUGUCAUAAUUGGAUUCCACUCAAUCUGACACUCUGGACUUGAUCUUAAGUUUGCUGGUGAACUAAUCUGCCUAACCCUCUUUCUUCCAGGAUCAAGAGACUGAGCUUGGACGGAGGGAAAAUCCAAAGAGACGGAGAAAGAGAUGGCAGGGGAGGAGAAGCCGGGUGUGAAGAGCAGCAGCUCCAUCGUCCCCUGCUUCCUGUUUGUAGAGGUAAGACGCAUGAAAAAGCUAUUAUUCAGCAACUACUGUCGUCUUCCUGCCAUGGUAGAAAGCUUUCCAGACAGAGCUUAGCAGUUCCUAAAGGACUGGAUCAUAUCUCUGCUUAGAUUUCCUGUUUCUCUAGGCUUUGUUUUGUGAUUUAUCUCUGCAAUUGUCUGCACUGUCGAACCUUUGUAGCCCCGAGAUUUGACUUUUUAUCUAAUCUCCCUCCUGGACAUACUUUCCUGUCCCUGUAUCUCCAAAAUCUGCGCCUCUCUGGUGAAUAUUUCAGAUUAAACAGUUCACGACAGCUCAGCGAACACGCUCACUGUUGCUGACACUCCCACUCCAUGUCACACAGCUUGUCAUGCCUUCGCGCCAGGACUAGUUGUAUCUUUGAAAAAGUGGCGUCAGUUGUUGCGCGCUGCGUUGAGCGUUUUUCAGCGUAUUUGUUCACAACAUGAUUCAUUUAGGUGGUUGUGGAUGUCAAAGCACAGAGACAGAGAGAGAGAAAGAGAGGAUUUCCAGCAGCUGCACUGUGGGUUGUGGAGCAGUGUUAUACAAAUCAUGCCAAAGGUCAUUUCUUUCGUGGCGGACCUAGAUUGCACAGAGACACACACACCCCUGAAAGAAACACACCUACCACUUCAUCCCCUGUGGAAAGCUGUCUCUGUUUUGUUUGCGAGAGCAGUCAGACGGAUGACUCAGAGGGCAACAGGGAGUCCCAGAGCUUUCACCACAUUGUAAAUGUAGUGGAGGAAAGCAUGAACUGGUGUGGUAAUCAGACGGUCUGUAAUCUAAUUAGACAAACCAAGCAGUCAAGCAGCUCUUUUACUUCAAGUAGGCCGUUCAUCAGCUUUUCAGGAGGAACCCGCUCACAUGAAAGCAUCUUCCUCUGAUUGAUUUUUAUCGGAGAGGCUGUUUGUGUUUCAUCAUUGCUUUGCAGAUGCAUCCUGAUAUGAUGACUUACAUUAAAUUAAUUUAUAAAAACCUUUUUAGAUUCAUUUUUACAGCUGAAAAAAUAUGUGCAAUGUUUACUUCACUGUAAGGAGUGAUUCUGAUAUGAUAGUAACUCAAACUUGAAUCUCUCCGGUGAGCACAGAGUAAGAAAUGUAAACUUAAAACCUCAGAUUAGUUUCUACAGUUUGACCGUCAGUCUGCUCCUUUAAGAGAUAACACACGUGUAUUGAAGUUAUUAAAUGUUAGGGGUCGUCCACUAAUGGCAUUUGUGUGUGUGUGGAUACUGUGGCAUUUUACCCCCCUGUGGUUACAGCUGUUUCACUGACUGUACUCUCAGUUAAAUAUAAUUCAACUUUGGUCCCUCAAGACCAGUAACCCCAGUUUGAACCCUGCUGAUUCUGAAAUAAGUCUACAAACCACAGAUUUAUAUAGAAGACUAAACAUGCUAGCUCACUGAUGUGUCUACAUGGCAUCCAUCUUGGUGGGGGCAUCCUUCUCAUUGAAGGCAAUGCAUGUACAUUGAAAAUAAAUCAUUGUUUUGCUCAUUGCUCAACCGAUUUUUUACGCAGAAAUAUAUACUAUUAAUACAUUUUAUUUUUUUUAAAUCAAAUGUUUAGUAUUAGUAGUACAUGUUUGGUCAGCUCAAAGGGGCAUGUCAUAUCUACGUAUUCAUAUCUAUGUUACAAACUGGCAUCAUCUAGACGUAAUUUCCCGGUUAAGGCCUCAUUUCCAUUUAUUGUUUUCAUGUUGACUCUUUAAGACCUCCUUAAAUAAAACUUUUAAGGGCACUACCAGUUGAAGCAGAGGCCCCAUGAGACAUCUUUGGUAACUUAAAGUGUCGGUAAGAAGUGCUCUGAAAUCGAGGUCUUGGGUCCUGCCUGUAUAAAUAAACCAUUAGUGGUCAUGGGCUCUGAGAGUUAAUAGGAAAAACUUGCUCUUAAAUUCUUGGACUUAAGUUUAUUUAGUAACCAGUCCUUCUAGCAAGAAAUGUUUGUAGAUCCAAGAAUAAAUCCCUAAAUUGCUAAUUAUAAAAAUGUCAUUGUUUCUCAAGGCACACCAAACUAAGGCAUCAAUAAGAGAACUGAUUUUAGAUUCCCAUCCCGAAUGAUUAUUUUUGAGUAAGACAAAGAACAGGAAGAGCAAAAGAAUAAAGCAUGAAACAAUAGUAACACUUCCUCAACGUGCCAAUGUGAGCUAUUGUGUGAAGCUCCGGUCCCUUUGGUUAUAGUACACUAUGAAAGCUCUCCAUUAGGCCACUCCGCCAUAUGCCUCCCACACACACACGCCACCUCUCAGCCCUCAGGUUUCAGUCAAUUCCCUAACUCUGCAUCUGUGAAUGUGUGUCAGAGACUGUAUGAUAGAGAGGGAGAAGAUAUUUCUAUCUAUUUGUACAGGGAGGGAGAAUCCAAGCCAUCAGGGCCCAGACCAGAAAAGAGGCCAGCAGCUGUUAGAUGUAAUAUCGGGCAGUUUUCCUCGACUUGUAGAGACGACAGCAUGAAUUUGUGCAAAGAUAGAAAUAGAUAUAAUCACAGCAUAUUGUUCUGCAUGUAUUUAAAUCACAUAAAUACUGAUUUAAUUGAUUAUGAGUUCAUGAUACAUUGCAUUAGUUAUCAACCUUUUCCCUCCAAUCCUGGACUAACCCCUGUGGUUAGUCCAGUCAAAGUGCUCAUCUCUCUGCUUUCCUGUCAGCUACUACUUUCACUUGUUUCACAUUUAAUUCCCUCUUUUCCUAAAAAAAAUGGCACAAAUAAUGUGGAGCAAUCUGCUCUCUGCAGGAAGGGGGCUCUUUAUACCCUGGACAGACAAACCACAUUCAAAACCAGGUGCAUUUAGAUACAAUCUGGCAAAUAGACUCAUGCAGGAAAUCAGGCCACUGAUUCAUGAUAUGAACUGUGUUGAGAGGAGUUGAGCUUAUUAUUUAUGCUGUUGCUAAGCAGAGCAUAAUACAAAUGCCUUAUACUGUGGCCUUUCUCCCUCUGGCUCCUUGUCUCUGGUCUAGCGUUAAAUUUAGUACAGUAGUUUAUCCCACUCUCCGUACUUGAACAAAAAAUAACAUAUAAUAGAAACUGCUAUUAUUUGUAAAGAUUUUGAUUUCUAUUUGAGAAAUCUACCUCAUUUUCAGAACAGCAUUUCUUUGUUUGAUUUGCUGUAUUUAUUGUAGCCACAAAGAGACAAAAUAACACCAACAGCUGUGUCUUCAAGUGUGAAAACCUGGCAUAUUUUAUUUAUUUGACCACAUUGAUGGGAUGGCAAUAGAACUGUUUUCCUGAUAGGUUCCUCACUAAAAGGCAGCCAACGAGAAGCCAGGGGGGUACUUCAGCAGGGAUUCAUGUACCCUCUCUAAACGAUGGGUCAUUGAUGAUGCAUGAGCUCUUGGCAAGUCUAAGUUAGCCAACAGUAACACCUUAACAUGUCCAAACACAAUCCAAAGCAACACUUUUUCUCUUUUGAAAUGUUUAUUCUCAGCCAAAUCUAAGACUUGAGACUCGCAUAAGUCACUCUAUCACUCUGUCACUCUCUAUUUUCUGGGACUGCCAAACUGGUGAGUGAUAAGGAAGGUCAGUUUGUCUGUGUUAGUCUUGUGAGUCAAGCUGAAGAAGAAAAAAAAAAACGGAUGAAUUACUCUUAAUACAACACUAGAAUUUUAUUUAUCCUCAAAGGGAAAUUAAUUUGUCUGAAACCUCAUCCUCCUGAUAUUAUUACAAGUGCCUCAGGAUGUUGAGUCUGUAUCGUAGCUACAGUAUCAUGGAGAACAUCACAUGGAACUUCAGCCGUUGCCUUAGGUGGAGUGUGUACAAAUAUUGUUAUGAUAUGACUAAACUCACUCGGAACAUAAAAUGUUCAACAAAUCAAACAGUUCAAUAUCUGGACAAUACAGAUAAUAUGAGGCAAGCUCCAGUCAAAUCUGAGCUCUGAGUCGGAAAUUCAUCUGGAACGCCCCCCUGAUGUUGGAUUUCCGAUUUAGAAAGUCAGACGAUCCUCACCAACCCCAACUUGACGACAACGUCAUAAUCCAAGAUGGCAGCGCAGUGCAUCAACAGUAAAGAAGACUCUCGUAAUGUAUUAUUUAUUAACAGUUCUGUUUUUUUUUUGUGAACUUACAUAAGUGGUAUAUGUUAUACUGCCCAACGUCUAACUGUGAACAUGGUGCUAUGGCGUUUGUUAAAGUAAAAUACUGGUUUAUGCGUUGUUUACAACUGGUAUAGCUAACAACAACUAAAAACAGCUGACAACGGCUAACAUUAGGGGUCCAUCUUGGUUUUCUGACUUGUUUACUGGAACGUUUUCAACUCGGGUGUAAUGCCAUUCCCAGCUCCGACUUCCGACUUCCGAGGUAACUGGAACGCAGCAUUACUAACCAGCUUCAUAUGAUACAAUCUAAAAUGUUAUGCAGUUCCUUUAUAUUAUAGUAAAUGAAAAGUAAAGUUUAUAGGGGCAUGAUAUGUAAAACUGUACUAGUAUUUCUUCUUCCUUCAUCACAGGAGUGAAGGUGUUUUUGUAUUACAGUCAUACUCACAUCAAGUCUCCCUUAAACCUCAGCAUUUAAGGCCUGUCUGUUUGUGUGUUUGCAAAAUGUGACAGUAAUCCAUACCAAGCCAGAAGGACCUGCUCUUUUGUUUAGCCCUGCACCUCAUCAGCAGUUACCAUGGAAACCAAUCAGCCAGUCUCAUUCUCCAUCUCUGCUCUCGUUCUUCUGAUCCCUUUCAUCCUCAGUGCCCUAAUCACAAGUCACAACCUUUUCUAUCAGUGCUACCCACUCAGCCAUCUUGUUCUGUUGUCUCGUGCAUUUCCUCCAUUUUGCUUCAUCAUUUCCUUUUUUUUCUUUUGUCUCAGUUUUUCGGUGCAAACAUUUUUUAUCUAAACAUUCAGAGCAGCACAGAUGCUAACAAACCUUAUCAUUAUUGCUAUUUUAUAUGUUUGCAAAUCUUCGGUUUUUGCAUUUAUAUAAAGAACUAUUCAUUGCCAAAAAAUUGCUUUAAGCUCAUGCUCUCUGCGCCUCAGUGAAGAAGUGUAAUGGAGAUAGCAUUCCUAUUGAGAGGGGCCUCUGAUCAGGCUCUUAUCCAGAUCAGUGGAGGGACAAACAUAAAGCCUCAGUCCACCUCUCUAAAUACAUUUUACAGCCCUUCUGUCAGCUCCGCCAGCAGGCCGCUGCCACUUGAAUUUGACACAGUAUGAGCCAUUGGACAAUCUGAAUAUCACCUUUGACCUGCUUUCAGAUUUAGUUGAACAUUUCAUGCUACAGUUCCACCCUCUGGCCUUUUCUUAACAGCUGCGAUCAAGGUCAAGGAUUUUUUCAGCGGCGAGUUCUCAAAUUUGGCCUGAAGGAUAAGUUAUUUCAGGGUAAAAAAAAGGGGGGAAAUUAUAAAAGGGUAAAGAAAUAAUGCGAAAAGGUGAUCCCCUUUUAUUCUGCUGUUACUGUGAUUAUUUAAAAGCAAAAUCACAUUUAGAGAGGAAAGAAAGACUAAAUAGAAUUUGAAAUGCAGGUGCAAUGAGUUAAAUUACAGUACAUGUUUUGCUGACUAUUUUUCAGUGAAGAGAUAUAACACUUAGAGCACAUCUAAAACACUUAAAACUAAAAGGAGAUAUAGGUCCCAACCCCUAUGACAUGACCAUCGGGUUUUUUUUUAACAUGCUUCUGCAGUUCCCAUGUUGCAGCUUCUGGGUCAGACUGGGUGUGAUCAUUGUUAAACCACAUUUUAGCAGCCAAUACUCCACACUAUUUCCCCCAGAGAGCCCGGCUGCGAAAACAUCAAAUGUUUAGAUAGAUGCGUUGCAUAAUACACAAGAGAUUCCACUCCGUAUGUAUUCAUGUAUUUGGAGCGCUUUGAUCAAAAAUAACAGAACAGCAGACAAACAGUGAAAUCUUGUUUUUUAAUAUAUCUAUCCUUUUAACAACCGCUCCAGUAUCAUAUUUUAAUGAAUGCGUCAACAUGGAUUAACUCCGUUAGUGUUACUGUCACUCUAUUCUAAUUAAGGAAGGAGAGCAGUGGAGGAAAGUUUUAACCACCUGAGGGCACUGCUGUAACACAAGAUAGCUGAAGCGCCCUCACAAAUCCUCCUCUUUUUUUUGCAGCCAGUUUGAGCUUUCAAGUGAUUCACACUGUUUUGAUACAGAUUUUUCCACGAGUAUGACAAAACCUUCACCAAGAAUUCCUACGUCUAAUUUUUCAGCGAAAUUCAAUUUGACGUUUAAGAUUAAAAAUAGGCUGAAUUAUUUUCAUGAAUGUGUCUCGUGUACUGGAGAUCAGAACACCAAGGCCCUUGCCCUCAGCUGCUUUUCUGGUUUGCAUCGCACAUGGCUCAGUAGUGGAUCCAUGUUAUCUCUUCAGGCUGGGCCGAACCAGAGGUUGCAAGCCCUGCUACUAUUCACUCCCCAAAGGCCUGGCUCUAGGGAAUAUCCCCGGUCUCCUUGUUACGGGUAGGGUAGCCUCUGCUCUGAAUAUUCUGUUUCAAAGAGGUUAUUCUGACCCCUCCUCUGGGACUAUCUUACCAGGGGCUGAUGCUCCUGACAGCACAGCUCCCAGAUUCACUCGGGCACCUAAACCCCACGUUUACAACGAGGUGGUGAUUCAAAGAGGGUUGACAUGGUGGAGGAUGCCUUCUGGGCAACUCCCUCUGGGGUUUCCAAGACGAGUUUAACCAGGGGGGGACCUUAGGGUGGACACAGAACCUGCAGGAGGGAGUUGGAAAGCUAAAAAGCUCACUGCAAAAAAAAGGAUGGAAAAAAAAAGAUAAAAACACUAAAUCUGAUGAAAAAGGUCUAAAAACAAGUGAAAUUAUCUGUCCAUGCAAGAAGAUAAUUUCACUUGACAAGAUUUCUUGAAUUAAGAUUGUUAAAUCUAGAAAUAAGCAUGUCUAUAAAUGUUUUUGGAAGGCUUAAAGUAAGCCAACAAGGCUGGUUUUAAGAUCAGAUUACUUAAGAUUUAACUUUUACAGCCCCAAAAAUAAGUUAGAUAUACUAAAAUAAGCAUAAAAUAAGUAUAAAAUGCUGAUUUUAAUAUCAAAUUUUGACUUUUACAGCCCUAAAAUAAGUGAAAUGUACUAGAUUUAAGCAUUAAAUAAGUAUAGAAUGCUGAUUUUAAGAUCAGAGUACUUUAAAUUUAACUUUUACAGAUUACUAAAUAUAAUCAUAAGUUAAGGAGAGAAAAUGCUGGUUUUAAGAUGACAUAACUUAAAAAGUAACUUUUAUACAGCCUCAAAAUAAGUGAAAUAUACUUGAGAUAAGCAAUUACAUAUUUUGUUUUCUUACUUUUUGCAGAUUAAGCUGAAGAUUAGUUAAACAAAAAAUUGAAAUGUAGAGAAAAAAUACACAGUAUUAGUGAAGAAUGACUAAACUCUGUCUCAAUCCAAGCAGGCUGAUCUUGAAACAAGGCUUACUUAAUCUAAAACAAGAUUAUUUUUGAUGAGACUAUAACUUAUUUUAACAGUUUUCUCAUUCUAAGAUUCUCUGCCUAUUUUAGACAAAAACGAUAAGGUUGUGCUUGAAAUAACAUUAAAGUGUAAAGUUAAACACUUAAAAUAAGAGAAAUUAUCUAACUAGGAAAUAUCUGUGGAAACUUCCUUAACUUCAAGCAAACGUAUGUGUGUGUCAUGUAAGAAAUGUGCACACACAGUCUCUCGAGCCUCAUUAACACCUGAGCAACAUGCAGAGCCUCCGCCAUCUUUAUAAAUAGGCCCAGUACUCAGGCUUGGCUGACAGGAGAGCUUUACACCUGUCACACAAAGUCUCCUCACUCAGUCUAGCCAACACUCACACAUCGAGGGACGAACACAAACAUUCUCAAACACCCGCUGAAACGAAUCCAGACGAGCAGCCUGCAACACAUGCCUCAGUAUCUUGAGGUGAGUUCAAGCAAAUAGAAUCAGAUGUAACAAGAGCAGAUUUUUCGCUCUGGUUUCCAGCUGGUGAACUUCAGAAGAUGUAACUUCUUUAUGAUGCUGCCUGGCGGCUUUAAGAUGAAGCUGUGAGGCACGGAAACACUCCGACAUGAUGAGCAUGUACACUGGCGCACAGGAAGGCAAGUGUGGUCACCGUGGCUAUACUUUCUUUCAAGUAAAAGCUGUAUGAACAUGCAUAAGGAAAAGGUUUUUAUAGCACCUUUAUGGUCCCCAUGUGAACCUUAAGUGACAGUAUCGCUGGGCAGACAGCUCGCAACACCCUGACCUCUGUCUUCAUCCUUAGUGAGUAACAAAACAUCGUACUAAAUGAGCAAUCUGAUGCCAAACUUUGACAGUAAAAGUAUGACGAUAAAUGUCCAUAAAUCACCAUUUUACAUAAUGGAUGAUAAAAACUCUGACUAAUGUUUUGUUUUUCAUUAACAAGACAAGAUUAAACAAGACUAAAAUCACCCAUCCAUCCUCUGUUCUUCAUUAAACAUUUGGGAUUAAUUGCGUUGUGUACAAAGAACAAAGAGUUCGGACAGUCUUGAAAAAAGGGUCCUCAGCUGUAAUUAUGCCGUAUAAAACCUUGGUAGGACAUGAAAGCAACAUGAGAGGUUUUUUACAAACUUUGGAGAGCAAAUUUCAUAAAAGGCUAAAAUUUACUUCUUAACUUUGGUGUUCCUGUUUGCCUAUUCUUAUUGUACACACAGUAUCAGAGCUCUUUUUACCCUCCUCUCUCACCAUGUCUGUUCUCACCUGUCUCCAACUAAAACUCAGCGUGCACUCUCAAAACUCACCCUGCAGCUUUUUCUACAGCCAGCUCUUGCCGUCUUUUUUAUUCACUUUCAUUCGAUCUCUCCCUGAACACCUUUUCCUAUACCUUGCCUCCCUGGAUGAACAGCAGCUCUCUUAGUUCUGACACUUUCUUGCUUCUGCUCCAAAUUUUUGUCCGCUAAAUACUCUAAUCUUUAAUGCACAGAACAAUACUCCUCAUCCUCUAAGUUAGCUCCAAACAUUUUGUACUACUGUAAUUGUCUUUUUUAGGGACAUACCAGUGCACAGAUACAUGCAGACAGCUUUUUACUUAUUAAAAUUGAUUUUUGGAUUUAAAGUCCCACUCUGAUCGAUUUUUUUUUUCACCACUUAGUGUUCUCAGUGGUCUUUAAAUUGUGAUAAUGAAGUUUUUACCAAAAAUCGUGUUACCUGUGUCAUUUUCAAGGGCUUUUCUUCUGUAAAGCUCCAGUAGCUCAUUAGCAAUUCCCCUCUGAGUUGUGGGCGGAGACAGCGCUGCUCUGCACACGUUGGCUUGUAGCCUAACAUUGCCAGUGUAGCAGAAGUGGCAGGUAACAUAGGAGCUAUUCAGCUCUCGGACACGAAUGUCUUUAGGGACACGAUGAAAGCUAAUAUCAUAAAUAAGCUUUCUUGCAAGCAUUGCAAUUUGCUAACACACACGUUUCUCCUCUAUUGCAGAGUGUGGCCUGCAUAGGGGACUCCGGGGGGCGGAGCUUGGAUUAGUUACAUAUGAAAUCUCACUGUUUCUGAACCUGCAGUUUGGGUCUGCCAGAGAUUCACAGCGAUUUGAAUGCAGAAAUACUCAGAAGAGCAAUUUCGCAUUUAGUUUUCUCAUGAUAUGUCCUGUAGCGUCAGAAAAAUGCCAUAUGAACGUAUAAAAAACAUGAAAAACAUCAUUUUCAUCCGAUUGGGUCUUUAAAUAAUAAAUGAAUUUGCAACACUAUGCAUCACAGGCAUCUAAUAAACUAAGAAAUACCUGCAGCCUUGAAGUCAGAACUUGUUCCUGUCUUCUCCUUGAUGGUUUUGUUAAUAUUCAGCACGUUGCAUUACUCUUGCUUCUUUGGAAAUGUGCUGCAAAUAAAGAAACCUUGCAAAUUUAGAAACGUAGAUCCUCGUUUGUGUAAAAGUAGCUGCAGAGUGAAACUGUAACUGCAGAAAUCACCUGCAUAAGAAAAAUACUGCAUACUAGACUUCUCAACAGAGGUGCUCCACAAUGUGAAAUUGCUUUUUUAUUGAUGGGACUGAAAAGAAGACCAGAUGCUAGGCUUGAUACGAUGGGAAAGCAGCAUGGUAGUAGGGGGUAAUACUGUGUUUACUGUAGCUCGGGGGAGCUUUAAAUGGCAAGACUAGCUGGUUUGGCCCCAAGCAUCCUGGGGCUGCUCCCACUAAAGCCCUGUUCAGGUCUCUGGAGAUAUGCACACAGCAUUGUGCUUGGCACCUUCCUUUUCUCUUCUCUUUUAUCCCUUCAGUGCUUUCUCUAUUCAAUUUUUCAGAGCCCAGUGCAGACCAUAAAUCUCUUGGCUGUGGUUUAAAUGAAUGGAUGUGUAUCUUUUGUUUUUUGGCUUUUCAUAAACUUCCCCAACUUUCUUCCCGAGUAAUUUAAAGCAACUAGAUAACUUUAACGUUACUCCUUAUUGUGAAGUUACAACACUUUCCUAAGCAGUGGAUUAUAUUUUGGGCCUGAUCACUUGAUAACAGAAACACUCUGCUGUGAAUUAGCAUUUUUGGUGACUGUUACAAACCCUGUUUUCCUUUCUCUCUCUGUCAAUGAUAAAACUGCAUCACUUAACAGUGCUGUAUUCUACUUCUGCAUGUUAUUGUUUUUGCAUAUUAUGUGUGUAUUUGCAUGCAAGUGUGUAAGCUUUUGCAACAUGUUUUUUAUUUGCAGUACAUUUGGUUUUGGACGUUUGCAUUGGUUGUUGAAUUUGCAGUCUUUCUGCAUUUAUUGCACAUUUCUUCAAAUUCCUCCUAACCCUUGCUACCCUACUUGUGGCUUCCUGUUUUGCUGAAAAAGCAGCAAGUGUCCACACAGCAGUUUUUUGUUGCUACUGAAUUAAUUAUCAAGUUCUUAUACAAAUAAAACUAGCAAAAAUAAUUAAAGUCUUUGUUGACGUGUGUCAGUCCUAUCUUUCGUCUUCUAAGUCCAAUCCUUGUCAAGGCUCGAGUCCACAAGUUUGAGUCAUCAGCGCUUGAGUCCAAGUUGAGAAAUGAACCCUGAAAAUCAGGACUGCUGCUGUUUUACAGCCAACAAACUCCCUGUCUAAAACCACCUUGGACUAAAUAGUCAUUUCAUGGAUACAAAAUGUUGACAGAGCUGCUUCUUAGCUGCUAUUCAAGCUCAAAUUGUUUACUGAAAUUCAUAACAGUGAAAAGGGCGUAUUCCAAUAUUUCAUUGUUCUGUUUUUCAGCAUAUUGUACAUCCUUGUGAUACAUUUUUGUUGCUGUUUCCAAGUAAAAGAUGUUUUAAUGGUUUCUUUGUCUAUUGUCUCUGCCACAGUCACAGCAGGGAGUCUCUUGUAUUCAAUAUGACAAAUUAGAGAUCAGUGCGGUCCACUCGGCUUUCCCAGUUCCUGCUGUGGAUCUGGUAUUACUUUCCUAUUCCCCUAAAAUAAUAUCAUUUGGAUGGCAGAUUUGUUCCUGUUUGUAAAAGUGUGUCAAGGGAUUUCUUUUCUUUUUUUUAUAUAAAUAUAAAGACACAGCAACGGGAGUGUGUGAGUUGGAGACCAGCCUACUGUACGUGUGUGGGAGUGUUAGAUGGUGGGAGUUUUUUUGUGGCAACUCCAACUUAGUUUAAAACAAUACGAGGUCACAAUCUUUUCAAAUCAAACAUAAGAAAGUUAAAGAAAUCAGACAAAAGAGUUGAUCAGUGAUUGGUUAUGUGACUAAAUUGCAGAUUAUCAGAUUGUUAUAAAUGUGAAGUGAGUUAAGUUUAGAGAAGAACUAUUAGCUGAUGUGUUUUUAGUACAAACUUAUGUUACCUCAGCAAAGAUUUAAAACUUUAGACACACUGAUGUUGACUGAAGUACUCCUCAAAGUUGAACUCUUACAUGUAGAAAUUGAGGAGUGAUGAGAGUUGUCCUGCAGGUGGAGACAAUAGCGUUUAAGAUUUGAGCAAAACACUUCUGCGUGUUAGUAGUGAGAUGAGCAAAGCAGAGGCAAAGACAGAAUCUCUUUUCUCUCUACCUUCAAUUCUUCCCUUCUUCCACUCUUUUCCAGUCCCCUCUUUCUCCGGGUUCCCUCUCCUCUCCCAAGACUCUUGUCAUGUGGGUCGGGUGCAUUGAGGCGCAUCUUGAUGGUGAACUUCUUAAUGGACACCCAUGUGUCUGAUGGUGGAUCCCUGUGCCUUAACGUCGGUCUGCUCUGAGUCCUUUGUCAGUAGAACAUAAAACUGCUCUUUCAGGCAACACGGCUUUAACAGCACCCUGAGACACGACAGGAUCCUGGGAGGAGGUGGGAGGGAAGAUCCCGACAGAGAAGUACAGACAAACAGGGCAAUGCUUGUUCAAGCUUUGUGUUUUGACUGUAUACUCUAUAGAGCAGAGGUUCUGAACCGUUUUGAGUCAUAAUCCCCAAGAGUAGUGGUCUAGGAGUUUGUAACCUAACCUAUGUGCAAAAACAGAGCUAUAGCCAAAGUCAUCACAUGCAACUCUCACUCAGCUGCAAGUCUGAGAGACUAAAUUACAUAAUAUAACAAUAUUAACAAUAUUAACCAUUAACUAACAAUAUUAACUUGUUUAGGCUUAAGUAGUUGUCCACAUGCAACUCAGAAGAGACUGAAAAAAACAGCAAACUGUGCAGAGGCUCAUGUGUUUCAGUGAAAACACUGUAAAAUUGACCAAAAGCAUCCAGUCAUAUAUUCCAAUAUGCUACUAGUGAACCCAUUAAGUCGAUUAAAGCGUGGCUUUUUUGUAACACAGACUCUGACACAGUGCAAAUAGGCUACCUGUUGAAGAUGUUGUUUGCUCUUGCAGUUUCCUAGCUAGGCGAGCAUCUUAGGGUUCAUCUGAGAUACUUUUAAGUCCUUUCCCCCUGCUGUAAACAUCACUCAAUGAAGAAAUAAAAAGUCAACUGCAGGGUUUGGAGAAUCAGAAAUUUUUUAGGGGAUAGCUGGAGACUUGUUAGAUUGAUGUAUUGCCACAUAACAGGAAGGUAUACACGAACUCCUAGUGUAUACCCCUGAAAAUGUCUUUUUGCAAUUAUUUCACUUCAUCAAAAUCCCAAAAGCCUAUGAUAGCAGGAUGGAAAUUCAGCCCAAUAUUUUGUUGGUAAUUUUUACAGCAAGCAUUAUCUUUAUCCCAGCUCAUCCAGACUGUUAGUGUGUUUAUAAUCUAUUUAAGGUACUCCUUAAAUUUGAAUCUCUUCAGCAUCCACUCACUGAGUGAUCAUCAGAAUAGGGUCUCGUAGUUUGUCAGUUAUGACCUCCAUGAAGGCUGAUAUCACGUGUCCUCACAUGUUGCUCCUCUCGUUUUUCCUACUUUCCCUUAUAUCUUCUCCUACCCAAGCAGCGUUAUGUCCGUCGGGCAUGGCAGACCCAAAAAUACUUGAGGUUUGAGCAUGGCUAAAAACUGUUUAAGAGCUCCAGGGUGCGUGCCAGGUCAAGCAUGCUUACACCUCCUGCUUAGUACAAAACAUGCAGCCACAGACGCAUAUUCAUCGCUCAUUUCUCUAUGGAAAAAUGCCUCACAUCCUGAUGUGCAUGAAGGUGUGAUGGCCCAUUCGUCGUCGCUUGCAGCUUUAAUUCCAUUUGUUCUAGGAAAGAAGUAAAAGUAAAAAUAAAUUAUGCCCUUUAGUGGAUGCAAAGGUCUCAAAGGAAGUGUGGCCAGAGCCAGAGGAAUAUGCUUACAUGAAUCAUAACUGAGUCAUCUGGAAAAAGACUUUCAUAUGUGUGCUGUUUGCGUCCACAAACAAUGAAGCAAGACAUGCUUUGUACAGAAGUGAUAGACACGGCUUAUUAUUUUUGUUAUUUAGAAUAAAACUGCUAGUUACCUUCUCACAUGAGCAUGUCGUGGUUGCGUUUUAGAGCCUCUUUGUUAUUGUCAAACCUACUCACUGAGCAACUUUGCCUCAUUAAUGUUCAAUUUACAGGCCACAAGAUGGUCAUAUGGUAGUUCAGUUGCAAUAACUAAUAUUGAAACCUUUCCUGUGUGAAGGGAGCAGAUGCAGAACUAUAUUUAGAUACGUUCAGCACAUAAAAACUCCUCUCACAUUAAUAAAGAAUUAAUAUAGUUCAUCAAAUAUGGCUAACCUUGUAAAGCUGUUCAUCCGGGAUUGAGGUGAACAGAUUCAGAUUUGUGCAAGGAUGGCAUGUUUUCUAUCCAGGUUGAGGGAGAGAGAGAGGGAGGCUGCAUUUUAAGAGCUACACUCAGUACUCUCUGUGGCAGGUCCUCGGCGUGCCGCCGGCGGUCGCCGUUCCCUGAACUUGUUCCUACAGUGUUCUCAAAAUGCCUCCAUCCUUCUGUGCCAUGUUUUCAGCCGUCUUGAUGUCGCUGCUGUUGUAAACUGGAGCCGCCUCUUGGCGUCACUGAAACAGAGGAAGUGUUGGAGGGAUGAGUGGGACCUGAAGAAUGACAGCAACAGCUGAGACGUAAAGGCUGAAUCUUUAAGCUGUUAUUUAAAAUAGAGGGACAGGAUGAUUACUUAUCAUGUCAGGGUGCGUUUCUUUUCAUUUUUUCAGCCGCUUAUCUUACAUCUCAGUCCAUAGAUACAACAGAAAUCAGAUGUCUCUUACUAGAAUUAGAUUCCUUUGAUUGAAAUUUAAAGUAAAGAAAGCUCUCUUCUUUAGAGCAUCCACUCAAUUACUCAUUUUUGCCUUUCAUUCACAAAAGAUCAGUCAUAGAGACAAGACUAGUUCUCGGUACGUGUUCAUAUAUCACCUCUCACAAAGUGAAAGGUUCAUUUCUUGCCGGACUUGUUGCACAUUUCCAGGGAAUCAGAGAGGAAGGAAGACUUCCUCAAACUGUCACGAUACCUGAAGGACUUAAGCUGAUUUAAUAUUUGUGAGUAAUGCGGCUCUAGUGCGGUAAUGUCUGAUAAUCUGACGGGUAUUAAGUACGAGAUGAUGAAAAGACAGCAGGCUUGGAGGGAGGUGAUGACACUCUUCAGUCUUCACACCCUGUAACAUGCAACCUCAUUCACCUCCAGACUUAAACUGUCUCGAUACAGCCUUUCAUUUUGACUGGCUGUUUUUGUUUGGGGGGGAUGUUGAUCUGUUGAUCCGUUACUCCCCCCUAGGAGGUCCUUUUUUUUGCUUAUGGGAGGUUAGGAAAAAAAUACAAGUGUUAUAAUGUGAUAGUGAACAGUAGAGUGUGAGUGAGUGAGUGCUAAAAGGAGAGCAAGGGAUGUGGGAAAAUUGUCAGAGUGUGAAAAAGCUGCUGUCACCCACAUAACAUAACAGGAUUAAUGAAACAGCUGGCAAAUCUGUGCAACAACACCAGUAAAUAUUGAGUUUGGGAAAACAUUUUAUGCGCAGCGGGUCUGAAUCUGUGCUGUUUGGUAAUUACAAAUGGCUUCAAAUUCUCACAGAUGAUCUUUGGGCUGUUUAUUCUCCAGCUACUUUUUUAUAUUUGAUAAGGUAACAUAGCAGGAAAACAAUCAUAGAGCCUCACUGGCAAACUUCCUGCACUAUUGUAUAGAAAUAUACAUAUAAACAUAGUGGCAUUGGGCUUAAAAAAGUAGUAAGUAUUUUUUGGUAAAGCCUAGACGACUGGUCUAAAAUCAGGCUACCACAGGUCUAAAAAUGAAAGUUUUUAGGACAUCUAAAGUUUAGACCAAGUUUUUAUCUGGGCUAUAUCUAUACUACACUGUAUAUUGCUCAAUGGCUAUCAUAAUUAUGAUGGUUAAGUACUUGUAGAUCAAUUAUACAACUCACAGUUGCUUUUUGAAAUAAAUGGUUAACAAAUAUUGGGUUAAAGUGCAACGUCUAAAAAUAUACAGAAUCUAGAUGGUUGAAAUUAGGUCUAAAAAAAAACUAGACGUCUAAUAGUCAUCUGUUGCUCAGUGGGACGUAACUCCUAGCUUCAAAACCGAAGCCAGUGUGAUAGAACUAAAAUAAACGUUUCUUCUAUGGCCAGCAGAGGGAGACUUUACCAGCUCAAAUCAUGGACUGUGCAAUGACAUGGACAAAUUACAGCUCACCAAAAGUGAAGCCAAACAUCUAGAGCUUCCCUGACUGCAGUAUGGGUUAAAACCUCUGCCUCCAUAGCAACACAUGGGGCAACAAAAUAUCCGAUGUGUUUCAGUCAACAAGUCGGAAAACCAAGAUGGAUGCGUACUGUUAACCGUUGUUAGCUUUUGUUAACAAUUGUCAGCUGUCGUUAGCGAUCGUCAGCUGUUGUUAGUUGUUGUUAGCUAUACCAGUUGUAAACAACCUAUAAAACAGUAUUUUGCUUUUACAAACACCACAGCACCAUGUUCACAGUUAGACUUUGGGCAGCACAACAUAAACCGCUUAUUUAAUUUCACAAAAACAAAACAGAAGUGCUAAUAAAUAAUACAUUACGAGAGCUUUCAGUGUUACUCUUCACUGUUGAGUCACUGCGCUGCCAUCUUGGAUCUUGGGUGAGGAUCGUCCGACUUUCCGAGUCAGAAAUCUGACUUCAGAGGGGCGUUCCAGAUGAAUUUGCGACUCGGAGCUGAGAAAUUCCAACUUCGGAGUACAUCUGGAACACAGCAUUAAUGUCAUGCUUCUAGCACAGUGUAGUCUGAAGCCAAAAUCCACGUCUGGUGACCAUCAGUCACCACCUGGACAUGGAUUCUGGUUCAUGACUUCAACACUUUGAAUUUUUCCCUGAAGAAAAUGCCUGAUUUAAAGAAGACAGAGCGAUUACUGCCAUUUCGGCAGUUUAGCAAUCACAAGCAUGAGUCAGACCAAGUCACAAUACUCUGAGUAAAUGCAGGGGAGGAGCACUAUUCUAUCUAAGAUAAAAAACAAGGGAAAGCUCCAUGAGUCACUCAAAUCAAACGCCCCCUCUUGCCCAAAGCAAACCCGUCAAAGAGCUUCCAACAGGUAUACGUGCUACUCCUCAGUGCGAACUAAAGUACAAGCUUCAAAAAAUACACACAGAAAUAUGAAGUGCGAGUGAUUUUUGUCCUACUUUAUUCAGAAAGAGUGGCGUUAAAAACUGCUCUGUAGGAACACAUGCUGUUACUCAAACAAUACACACCUGAUUCAAUGUCUUUGCUUCACCGUUUACAUUAUUUUAAAACCAUAUAUUUAUUUAUUUAUUGUGUUUUUUUCUUGUCAGAGUGAUCAAAACUUAACCGUAACACAUUUUAAUAAGAUUUCUUCAUUUAACAGCAGUCACUUCAUUCAUGCUCCUGUCUUUUUUUUUUAUGUAAUCACAUUUUUCAUAUUUAUGCAGUCGGGUACGAGAGCUCAAAUAUCCCUCUGAUCUUUUUUAGCAGACACGCGAGCUGAUUGUGAGAACCACUUAAACGCCACUUCACUCUGCUGUACACAAUUUAACAACACACAUCUAUGUAUUCUACACACACACACACAAGCGCAAAUGCACACACAUCACCUAUAAAUACACCCACUGCUCAACUGUAGUAAAAUUCAGUGCUGGCAGCAAAAUCUGCUCCCCCAGUUUCUCUCUCUCUCUCUCUCUCUCUCUCUCUCUCUCUCUCUCUCUCUCCCUCUCUCUCUCUCUCUCUCUCUCUCUCUCGCUCUCACUCCUUUCCUCCCUCUCCACUCUUUCAGUCUCUCGUUCACUCCCUAAACAGUUCUUUGUUUUCUGGAUCUUGUGCUGCCAUGGAGCCUCUUUUUAUUCUGUAUUUUGUUCCUUUUUUCAUCUCUUGAAGAACAAGCCUCCCCCUGCAGAUUUCUCCCCCUCUCUCACUCUCUCACUCUCUCUCUCUUUCUCUCGGAUCCUCCACUAAACCUUACUCUGAGCCGCUCUAGCUCUGUAUUUCCUAUGCAUGUGCCUGUGGUUAAGGGGUACAGGGACCUGACUCUCCCCUCUUUCUCUUUUCUCCUCCUUCCUCUUCCUCUGCUUCUCCAUCCUCUGUUUCACUUCUUGUUUUCUCACUUCCUAACCGAGGGAUCAUGUUCUAUUUCCAGCUGGUGAUCAUGGCUGGGACGGUGCUGCUGGCUUACUACUUUGAGUACACGGACACGUUUCCUGUGCACAUCCAGGGCUUCUUCUGCUACGACAAGACCUUCUCCAAGCCCUACCCGGGUCCAGACAACACCAGCAAGAUCCCUCCUGUGCUCAUCUACUCACUUGUCACAGCCGUACCCACCUUCACGGUAAGAGCUGGGUGUAUAUUUGUUCUUUAUCACCUUCCCUUGCUGCUUUGUUGAGUUUGUGAGUUUCCCUUGGGUGAAUCAUCGCUUGACUCUGCGUGCUGCACCAUUCAAAGUGAGCAGAUUGGUGAGCUGCGUGGAGGUAACCCCUCCAUCCUCUGUGAUAGGCAGGUAUAUGUCUGCAUGUGCAUAUGAGUGCGCAUGGGUGGAGACGAAAACUGGCGGAGAGAUACACAAAUGACAACAACGAGUCAGACCCAGGGGAUAAAUAAUUGAUUUUGGCACUAAUGAAAGUUUAAGAGUGAUGGGUGAGAAAAAGACUCACAACAGGAGGUAAUUUAUGGGGGUCUGUUCUUAUGUUGUGCAUGUGUUUGUGUACAGGGUAGCAGUUGAUCCCCAAGUGAGCCAGAAGACAGGGAGCGUGAAAUGCACAACACCUGGCGCUGACUUCGAGCACAUACACAAUCCUCGCCAGCUAAAAUCCCCAAAAGAAAAGUCAAAAGAGACGCAGGAAACACCAAAGAUAGACUCAGCCUUUAAGCACAAUACAAAAAAAACACGACUGAAUAACAAGCGCAGACAAAACCAAAGCCCACCAACACUGCAAAGGCAAGAAUAUCUCACAAUUAAAGCACAAAACAGUCACAGAUCCAGUUUUUGUUUGCCGCAUUAAGUGGCAAAGCCUCUUUACAUAAAGUUAUGAGGAAGAAGAAUUGACUGUAUCUAUGAAUAGAGUAAAAAAAACAAGUUUACAAUUACCAGUGGAAAUGGAUCAUGUUACAACUAAAGCUGGUAAAUGUUUGCUUGUGUUUGCCCACUAAAAAUGGGUCAUGUCAUGUCACUUUACUCAUGCAGUAGUUUUUACAGCAACUACAGUAAAAGACUGUCCUAUCCAAAGACAACAUGUGAAGAUGUUUAGUUUAGUUCCCUGAAAUAAUAUAGAAAAGAAAAAGCAUCUGUUUUGCAAUUCAGGCUUUUUGACACAAUCUUAAAGCAUGAGAGGCGAUUAUACUGAGUUUUCCUGCAAAUUCAGUGCAUUAAGUUCUGAAUCACCCAAUAAUCCAGGUUCUGUUUGUGCCUUAACUAUUUUUAAAUGCAAUCAGACUCAGACUCAAAUCAUAGACUGUAUUUACUAUGGACAACUUGGUUCUGCCCUCAUCGUUAAAGGAAUUCGAAGCCGAAAAGCUCUCUGUAUUUCCAGGAUUUUCAGUAGCAGUAACAGUAACUUGCGCAGUAGCAUUGUACACAUUCGGCAGGAGAGUUGCCGAGAGUUGAUGACGCUUGGCUCAAACAGCGAUUCCCCAUGGUGAGUUAGGCUGUAUCAAGUGUCAAUCAUAGAAAACAUGAACCCCCUAAAAACCUUUAAAAAUGGAGCUGUACAGAAAAAAGAGGACUUACCAGUCUUACAGUGACUACAUGUCAACAUCACAACCAGGGGGAGAAAGAUGUAUACUCUGUGUAAUAGAUUUCUAGAGUUUGUCCACAGCUCCAUAGGGAUUGCUGGAGGAGGCGGGAUUUAUGACCUAUACUGCAGCCAAUCACCAGAGGGUGCUGUUCUUGCGGUGGCUUCACCAGCGAUGAGGCAGACUCUGUCCAUUCUUUAUACAGUCUAUGACUCAAAUGCUUGGACACACCAUAUUCUGAAUUUGUCUGACCAUCAUUACCAUCAAUCAUUAUUAGGUCCAGUCCUUUAGGUCUAAAUAUAGUGUUUUUUUGUACUCCAGAUCACACCUCAGGCGUGUCUGUCAUGAGCUGACAACCUGCUAAAGCUGCCGGUGGAGUAGAGUAUGUCUGUGAGGGAAUGUCCUUAAGCCAGUGAAUCCAGAUAAGAGGUUUGUCCAAUUAUACCAAGUGGAAUAAUCUACUAAUAAAUCUGUUUUAUCGUAACAUUUUCCUGUUAUAUCGGGGGGAACUAGAAAGUUUGACAGUGAACCCGAAGGCUGUUGAUUAGAUGAUGUUACUUUAUUUGUACCUAAUGGAAGAUUUGGUGCUAAUAAGAAGGAGUCUAACUCUAUAAUACAAUAAAUAUAAGAUUUCUUCCCCUGUAAUGUGCAGCAGUUUUGAAACCACGCACUAUCAUGCUCAACAUGUGUGAUAUAAUCAGCAGUAGUACUCUCAUUCUGUUUCAGUCCACAUCAUGCAGACCUUAAAAGCCGCUCCAGCUGAGAGUAAAUCACUCCGGACCUUGAUCUGGGUCAGUGCACAAUACUUACACCAGCUAGUCGGCCCUAACCUGUGCUGACAGAGGCUUUGGUGUGCGUAACAACCAGUGAGGUAGAUCACAGUAGUUCCUCCCCGUGAUAGCUCUGGUCUGUUGCAAAUAUUCUGCAACGAAUCAGAGACUGGGCAUCACCUGCAACCUAGUUUUCGGUAUGAUUGGAUUGGGUUGUAAGCUCUUUUAAUAAGACAGGCUGAUGUGAUCGCAAAUAAAAGUUGGUUUGACUAUCAGGUGUAUGCUGGGUCAGUGCAGGAAGAUAGUAACUCAAGUGUUUGGGUCCAUGCCAGGGCCCCUCAUACCCUGAAGUAGGCCCACUAAAGCACUCUGUCAGCUCCUAGCAGGGUCUCGACAUCUAAUUAAAAUCAUCAAUCACCUUUCUAAAGUUUAGCACGGGGUACUAAUCUGCUGCUUGGGAGCCUCUGACAUCCCUUCAACUUGUUGGAAGUGUGCCUUUUUAUAACUUAUACCUGACUCAUAUACUAACAACUCAUACUGUGGUGUUAUGUCUUUGUGCUGCACCUACUUUGCAAUAACCAGCUAAUAUAACUCUAACAUGUACUUUUUCAAUGUUGUAUUAUUCUAUCCAGUUGUUGCAAAUAGAACUUGCCAUUUCUAUACCAUCAGAGGUUAUAAUGAUUCUUUGACAGCUGUCGUUGUGAUCUUGUUGAAGGGUAUUUUGCGAUCCUGAAAUCGUGCAGCCAGUGAAAAGUAUAAAGGAUGGAAUUUUUUUUCAUGGCUGCCAGUAUCAGUUAUUUUUCAACAGAUUUUAAAAAAGUCCUGUCUUUCUCUCAAUCUGGACUUCAACACCACAUCGCUGCUGGAUAUUGUGUGUGUUUGGGGGUUAGAGAUACAAGCUGGUGGCUGAAUGCAACACUCCUCUUACAGCCACACACUUAAGUUUGGAGAGUUUGUCUAAUAAACUAGUAAAAUCUGGGAUUAAUUCAUUCAUCUUGCACAGAUUUAAUCUGACAAUGCCCUUUCCUUAAUCUGAUCAUUUCCUUUCUCUCUCUUUCUUAACCUCACCUUUUCUGCCACCUCAGUCUUGUCCUUUUUCACCUUCCUUUAAAAAAAUACUUAUUUUUCUGAUAACACAUUUCUUCUUUUGUUAACCUCUCACACCUUUAGGAGUCUUUGAAGAUUGUCUCCAAUGUCAUAUCAACACCUUCUCUGCCUUUUCAGACCCUGUAUGUCUCUGACUUCUCACAACUUUGUCACCUUCCAAUUAACACAUCAUCUGUUAACUCUCAACUUCACAGCUCUGCCUGCUCCGCAAUCUGGGCUCGCUCAGACAGACUCCAACCAGUUCUGUUAUCCUGCUUCCUGUUUGUGUCCUUAAAUAAAGAAAGUCUCACCCUGAACCAUGAAAAAAAAAGGUUUACGACAAAAGGAAAUCUUCAAAAUGGAGACUGAUGGCUGCGCAAAGAUCGAUGUGCUGCCUUGUUUGAUAAUGUUGUCCAUCCUUGGUGUUAUGUUAGUUAUUCAUGCAAACUGCAAGGAACCUUUUAAUUCAGUACAUAAAUAACAUUGAACUGUUUUAUUCAUUAUUUUGAAAAAAAUAUAUACAUAUAAUAAUUAGAGAUGUUCCGAUCCAAUAUUGAUAUUGGAUAUCGGUCCAAUAUCUGCAGAAAUGCGAAUAUUGGAUUAUAUCGGCCUUCAUCUAAAAUCUCUGAUAUCAGCACUCCGAUACAAGCAGUCCAUUCCAGACUCGACUCCAGCACCUCUAGUUAGCAGCUCCCAGAUCCAGCAUGCAGAGCCCAGGUGAUCACAACAACAGUGUGUACUAACGUACUAACAAAGCAGCAAGGAGUAGGUGUGAUGUCGGCUGUGUGGCAGUAUUUUUCGUUAAAGUCCGAAAAAGACUUGUUUUGCACAAGUUUGUACCCAUAUCUGAUCAGUAUCGGUAUCAGCCAAUACUAAAGGCUACAAUAUCGGUAUCGUAUCGGAAGUGAAAAGUUGUAUCGGGACACCCCUAAUAAUGAUGAUAAGCGCACAGUAAGUUGCAUCAUAGAUGAAGGGUAGCAGAACUGCAGAGAAAAAAUAAUCAGAUUAUUAAAUAAGAUUAUUUAGAUGAACCACUUCAGUAAUCCUGCUCGCCAUCUAAACUUGUUAUCUGACGGUAAACAGCUUCACAGACUCAUACGGGUUUGGUUUGCUCCUGUAAUCAGAUUGACUGUAAGGAAUUUGUUGUUUUUAGGGGAUUGACUCUGAGUGUCAAUGUCGCAGUCUACAGCAGAGCAAAAAAACAGAGAAGUUGUAGAAAAUCAAACAUUUCCUUUGUGUUAGUUUAGUUAAUCUACAACAAAAUAGCAGCAAAUAAAAUGUUUUCCUUAGCUAUCUUCACUGUGCAAAACUCCCACAGAGUUUUACAGCACUGUGCAGUUUGCUCUAGUAUUGCAUUUUAUUGCAACUGAGCGUCUCCACUCUCUCCAUGCCUGACAAACUGUGACUCCUGGACACAGGUAUGACAGUUACACCCAGCUUGAUUCCUGGAGCAAACAAACAAAAAAAAGCUCGUUCAGACGUAGGGACUGAAAAAAUGCCUCGUCAUGUUACAUAAUGACAAAAAAGGAAUGGACUUUCAAUAAUUUCUAGGUCAUUUAGAGCCAGAACGCUGACUCUAUCACCAAUAAGUUGAUUUUUAAACUCUCUACAGUCUCUCUCCAAAUGAAUGCACAAUGGCAAUUAAAAUAUAUGCAAACACUGAGAUCUUUUUGAGCUGUUUGCACAAGUUUAGCAGACACACGAGUGAGUGUCUUCUGAUAUAAGUUGCUUCAGAACAUCUCCAGUCCUUUAUGAACUUAAAUCCCAAACUAAUAAGAACAGGAAAAGACUAAAAAAAACAGUACGUCAACAACACACCAUCUUAAACCAUGAUCUGUGCGCUUUGACCCUCAAGACAACACAAUUACUGAGACAACACCUCAGAUUUUGGUGUUUACACAGUAAUUAACUAUAACCAAACAUUAUUACUGCUCAAAUGAGAGAUUACGUCCACACUGUUUCAGAGUGUGUUUGCGUGUGUGUUUGUGUGCGCUCUUGUCCAGAGUGCCUUGAAUCCAGGUUAAUGGGACAGAUGGCAGGGUGGGCUCCAUGGUGGGAGAAGGGCCAUCGGCUGCUCUAAAAACCGGGAGCAUGUGUGCAUUUGUGAAGGCUCUCUCACCUCUACCCUUGACUUCUGUUCGCCAUUAUGCUGCAUAGAGACAAGAGUAAAAUUCAUGAGGACGGUUGUUAAUGCAGGGUCAAAGCUGUGUUAUUGUCGGAUAGACUGAGACAGGAGAACGCUGCAGAAAGAGGAAAGGAUGAAAUCACGACUCAGAUAGGAAAAGCGGAUGUUGUUUUCCUCGCUGCAUACUUCAGCGUCUCUAUCUGCUCUAUCUGUGCUCCUGAUAUCCAUACAGAUGUAUAAUUUUACACCGUCUGCAGGGUUUCCACUCUGCCUGAAACACAAUGACAGCUGCGAUCAAAUGAUAACAAUCCUUCCACCCGAGAUAGCAGAGGACUGAAACAACAGAUCGUUUUGAUAUUUGUAGAAUCAGAAAAAUGUUCAUGUUUCCUUUUUUAUUUUAGCUCGCUCCUCUAUUUCACCCGUUUUGUAGUUUAUGAACUAUUGCGUCCUCACAGCGAGCAACCCAUUCGUUACCUCUCAGAUGAUGUUACUCCGUUAUUGCUUCUUGUGCUAGUUUAGUUCAAUCAAUCAAUCAAUCUUUAUUUCUAUAGCACUUUUCAUACAAGGCAAUGUAGCAGAAAGUGCUUUACAAAAGAAAAAAAAGGAAAGAAAGAAAGAAUAACUUACUCUCCCCCCACUCCACAAUCCAAGCACAACAGAGGAGUGUUUUAAAAUGCGUUAACUCAAAAAGGGCUCCGUUUGGUAAAACAACAUUUUUAUAUAUAUAAAUAUAUUUAUAAUGCCUUAUAAUCACAUAAUAGAACUAUAGUUCUAAACACUCAUAAAUGAUCAUUAUGCUUUAAAGCAAUAAUCAUAACACAUUAUAAAGCAUUUUAUCAUGACUUACAAGGUCAGGUAUUAUAAUGUGUUUUGCUUAUUGAUAUAAAUUCAUAUGAUAAUUAAUGAGUGUUUAUAAUGAUAGUUAUACAAGUUUAUAACAAAUUAUAACACAUCAUAAAUAUAUGUAUAAUGCAGUAUCUAUGUGGACAGUUAUAACACAUUAUAAUACCUGACCUUGUAAGUCAUGAAAAAAUACUUUAUAAUUUGUUAUUAUUAUUGCUAUAAAGCUUUAUGAUCAUUUAUGAGUGUUUAUAACUAAAGUUAUACAGUGCUAUAACAUGAUUAUAAAGCAUUAGAAAUAUAUUUAUAAUGCGUUAUAGAGAUGGGCGUCAAGUAAAGUGUUACCAAAACAGGAGUACGGAACACUGUAGGCUUAAGACAAACUAAUAUAAAAUGAAAUCAACAAUAUAGAUAAAGAAAUAAAACAAAGUAAAAAUAUACUAAAAUAAGAGCACCAAAAUAGCUCAAUAAAAGAUGAUCCUGACAUUAAAACUAGAAAGCAAUAAAUGCUAAAACAUUCAAACAAAGUUAAGUUAAUAAUAUUCAAUUUAGUUAAAAGCAAGACUAAAAAGGUACAUCUUGAGUUUGCUUUCAAAAUAAUUGAUUAUUAGAAACUCAUGAAAACCAAAGCUUUGGCUGAUUUAGCUAACGGGUUUCAAGCAGUGUUGUGCUUCAAUGUGCCAAAUAAAAGCAUUCAGUUUAGUCUGUUUAAGUAUGCAUUAUAUUUAAGUGCAUGACACUCAUGUCAGUGCUUUAGGUCCUGAUCACAGUUUUGUUUUCAUUCUCUCAGUGGGAGAAAACUACAAAAGGUUAAAGUGAAAAUGGAAAUGAGGGAAAAUCAAACACAUCAGAAAACAACACUGAAGAGGUUUUAUCUCUCUAUUAGAUUUUAGAAAUUAACACUGGAAACAGAAACAUUGAGGAGCAGAUUUACAGUGGUGGCUGUGUCAUUCACAGUUCACUGACUGGAGCAGCAUCAUUGUGCAUGAAUGAAUAUGUUUUAGUGAUCAGUGUGCAUGAACAGUUUGCUUUUGCACAUCUUUAUGUUGUGUGAUCAUUAAACCUCAGAUGGGGUGAUGCUGUUUUCUCAGCUGGUGUUAUCCAUCAUGUCUGCACAUUAAAGUAAAUGCUGCUUUCUAUAUUCUGUCUGUGUUUUCACUCAGUCUCCUCACACCGUUCUCUUUGUGUGAGAACAACAUGGGAGCAAAGGUGGUGACGAUCUGGAUGUGCUCAGACAGAUGCAGCGCCCAUCUCUAUAACGCAGCGUUAACCCAGAUCACACACUCUACAAAUGCAGAGGUUGAGGGGGCUGUAGAUCAUGAUGGAUAAUGGGAAACUAGUGACAGCUCAGCAUCCCUUUGUGCUUUUCAAAUGAAUAACUUUCCCAUUCUUGUCAAAAGCAUUAGAUGUUGAGGAUGCAGAACUUCUCUUCAGAGACAUUAGUUCUAUACAGUGAAAGAGCUGCAGCCUGCUUUCUGUACGUGUCAUAAAAACGCUAAACUUCAAAUCAAAAUGGAUUACACCAUCUGAAGAUUGGAUUCGGACCACAAACUGCGAUGGGUUGCUCUUGUGAAACAUGAACCAUACUGGCAGUUUUGCACUUAAAAAAUCAUAGAUAAGAACAGUCUGUGACAUUCAGGCUCUUUCUCUCACACACACGGCUUUCCUGAGUCAUGCAUCUGACAUAUUUCUGCAAAUGGUCCAUCAGCGUCUGUUAUGACCAGCCAAACAGUUUUAAUAUCAAAGAUGUUUCCAUAUAAAAAUAAAUGGAUUUCUUUCGGUCUCUCACUCACACCUGGGUCUCUAAUCCCUGGGUAGCAUGUGUCUCCUUAUUAACUUGUGAAAGUGCAUUUGCAAAGUUUGAUCACAACAUGCUGCAAUUUCAUCGCCUAGAAAACAGAAUAAGUAGUGGUUAACAGCAACAAAGUGAGGACUGUACUUAAACAGUCAGUCAACUUUAUUUUUUAUUUUCCAAUCUGAUGUCAAAGACGAUAUCUACAGUUUGUCUUAGAUGUGUUUCUGUACUUUCGCAGUUAGUGUUUCCAUUGUUAAAGUGGAGCCAAUGCAGAGCGAACUUCCCUCAAAUCAGACAUUUCAUGGCAAUAAUAAUAAUUACUUCAGCAGAAGAGUUUUACACACACAAAAAAAAACAAAAGCCUGGGGAUUUUUAGGCAAACAUGUAACAAACAGCUGGCAAGAAUGCAAAUAAGCACAAUCCCCAAACUGUUCCCAGACUACGAUGGAGAAUUCAGGCCACAUUAAGAGAAAAAUAAUGAUUAAGACUUCGAGAUUAAAGUCAUUAAUUUACGAGAAUAAAGUCAUUAUGAUACUUCUGAUAAUGUGGUGCUGAUGUGCCAAAAGGUAAAGAAUCUCCUUGUUUGAGAAACCUAUUAUUGAAGUAUAUUUUCACAAAAUGCUCCAUGGCUCUCAUUUCAACAACUGUCAUUUUAAACAACAGGUUAGAAUAUACAUGUAGGGACUUUAUUCUAACUUUCUUCUCAUAAGUAAUGAUUUUAUUACAACUUUAUUCUUGUUAGUAAUUACUUAAUUUUCUUAAGUUAAUGACUUUAAUCUCAAAGUCUUAAUUUUUUCCUAAAUGUGGCCCUAAUACUCCGUCGUACAAAUGUCUAAACUUCAAUAGUGAGGUGGUCAAAGUUGGACUAAUUUUAGAACCAUUUUUUUUUCUUUUUUUGCUUUAGUGUAUGAGACCUAACUGAAUUAAAGCUAGUGCUAACAGGACCAUAAACCACAAGCCUGAAUAUUUUAUAGCCUCAUUUUUAUCGUCUGAAACCCGUGUGAGGGGGUAGGUCCAAGCCUUGCAGCUGAAGAAACAGCCCUGUUUUUCCAAUGUUCACCUCAAUUAUUCCCUUUAAAUGACACAUUUAAUUGUCAAAAAUCAGUGGGAUAAGUUUGUUGUCAUAAACCAAUUUGUAAACUGGUUGUCUCCUCCUCUCUCAGUUGGUCUGUCACUCCACCUCAGGGCUUUAGACAACCAAAAUCAUACUUGUAAAGCCGGUCUACCCUGGAUUUGCUUCUGCUCCUAUGUCCUGUCCUUGAGUCUUCAUUCAUCUCUUGGCUUUGAUUGAAACAUCCACAGUGAUUGCCUUUCAAUAAACACAAACUCAUAAAAUAGGGCCAGUCUGACUGCACUCUCAUAUUUGACUAAUGGCCACUGACACAAAUCAAAAUUUGAUUACUCACACACACAGAGCAGCAUCCUUCAGCUUCCUCGAGCAAACACAAAUGGGUCCUGUUAUUUUUGCUUACACAGAGUUAAUCAUGUGUCGCAGCAGUUCAGUCUUACUCUUAUUUCUCUUGUUUCCUCUAAAUCAUGCAGAACAAACCCUUAAAAUUUGGGCGCUUCUCCUGCUAUUAUUUCUCCUGGAUCAUUUCUGGACUCGUUGCAGUACUUCCGUGUGGUCAGGGAGUAGACGGAAUGAUUUUAUUUCAAGAAACGAUAAUCCGAUAGUCCAACCACCUUGUCAUAUUUCAUGUUGAGUCCUCGGUGGAGCAGUAAGGGCAGAAGCAGGAAGCUAGAGCACUUCCCACUCAGUAUACUGAGAUAAUUUGGAAACCUUGGUUGAAAUAAUGAGCUGCAUUAUUCACAUGGAUGCCAUCAAUGCUUGAAUAAUUCAUUCAUGCUGUAUUAGCCUUAACCCCGUCACAGCUGUACCUUCUCUUCUUCCUUAAACUCAACUCACGGUACUUUUGUUUUCUUACCCUCACUCUCCCACUCUCAGACUCCUGCUUUUAAAGGUUUAAGUUUGGCUUUAACAGUAAUAGGUGGCAAUUAAGCUGUGAGUUUUGCAGAGAAGAGUGCACCACUGAAGGUAAACAUUGUAUAAGAAAUGAACAAGCAACUUAGUCUGCAAAGAGAAGCCAAUCUGGAAAUACCAUAACCCAAACAACCCUGACCAGCUGGACAUAGUGACAAUACUAGACCGCUGUAAUCGUGCAGUGGUAUCUGGUUCCUUGGGAGCUGUGAGAUGAGCCGUCCACGGAUCAGUUGGCUAUCCGGCACACUCGAUGGAUUCUCAAGUAGACUGAGGAAUUUGAAGGCUAAAUUGGAUUCAUUGCUGUGUUCCUCCAGACUACUGUCUUUCAUUGCUCCUUGGUCCAGUUCUGGUGCUCACAUGCCUAUUUCAGGAGCCUCCAACUAUGGACAAAAGGUCAGCACGGGCGCCCUGACCAGCCGUUGGCGACAUGACAAGCUGUGAUGCAUGUGUGUUCUGAUACCAGCAUUAACCUUUUUGGGUUUUAUGAGCUCCAGUAGCCCCCUCUGUUGGAUCGAACCACUCAACCCAGCUUUUGCUCACCAUGCACAUCACUGACCAUGUUGCUGAUUUAUGAGUUUUGUCCACAGUCACAUGCAAAACAAAUCAAACUGCUGCACUUCAUAACCAUCGGUGGUCAGGGAUGACUCGAUGACUUUACACCUAAAUGUAUAAAACCAAACCUGAAAAUGGCCCUAAAUCACGUUUCAUUCCUUAGUAACAUUGUCAUACUGAGAUUAUAGUCUCAUCCUGUUGUUUUAGCCUUCAUCAAGACCAUGAGACAUUUGUUAAGAGCCUCUGCUCUAUUUCACCCCAAAGGUGUUCUAUCGGGUUGAAGUCAGGACUUUGUGCAGGCCAGUCAAGUUCAUCCACACCAGACUUUGCCAUUCAUGUCUUUGUGGACCUUGCUUUGUGCACCGGUGCACAGUCAUGUUGGAAGAGGACCAGCUCCAAACUGUUCCCACAAAGUUGGCAGCAUGGAAUUGUCCAAAAUGUCUUGGUAUGCUGAACCAUUCAGAGUUCUUUUCCCUGGAACUCAGGGGCCAAGCCCAGCUCCUGAAUAACAACCCCACACCAUAAUCCCCCCUCCACCAAACUUUACAUUUGGCACAAUGCAGUCAGACAAGUACUGUUCUCCUGGCAACCGCCAACCCCAGACUCGUCCAUCAGAUUGCCAGAUAGAGACGCGCGAUUCGUCACUCCAGAGAACGUGCUGUGAUGUAUGGCUUGGAUGUAGCUGCUCGACCAUGGAAACCCAUUCUGUGAAGCUCUCUGUGCACUGUUCUUGUGCUAAUCUGAAGGCCACAUGAAGUUUGGAGGUCUGUAGUGAUUGACGCUGCAGAAAGUUGGUGACCUCUUUGCACUAUGCGCUUCAGCAUCUGCUGACCCCGCUCCGUCAGUUUACGUGGCCUACCACUUAGUGGCUGAGUUGCUGUCAUUCCCAAACACUUCCAUUUUCUUAUAAUUCAGCUGACAGUUGACUGUGGAAUAUUUAGGAGCGAGGAAAUUUCAUGACUGGUUUUGUUGCACAGGUGGCAUCCUAGAUGUAAAAACAGUCUGCAUGCCUAGGUGCUUAAUUUUAUACACCUGUGGCCAUGGAAGUGAUUGGAACACUUGAUUCCAAUAAUUUGGAUGGGCGAGCAAAUACUUUUGGCAAUAUAGUACAUGUUUAAAGGCUUGGCAGUGAUUGACCAUCAAUCAAUCAAUAUUUAUAUUGCGCCAAUUUACAGCCAAUGUUAUCCCAAGACAUCCACAAGUCACUACCAUGAAAAGCUAUUAGUCAAGACAGAUAGGUAGAUCAAAUUGUCAACAAACCAAUAGGCUACUUCAUAUUAUUUUCAUCUACUUCAGUAGUUUUGUGUGUUACUUUAGAAAAGUUAAAAACACAUCACAGAAAACCAGAAUAAGAUGUACAUAUCUUAUUUUAAUGUGAGAGUAUAUGCUCUUUAAUUGGCUAACCACCCACUGCUUACAAGCUUUGCCUAAGGGAACAUUUCAUCUAUGAGUGACAGUACACUGAAUCCAGUAUCUCACAUAAUGUUAAAAUCCUUCUGGGUCCAGCAGUCCCUAUGGAAACAGCCCCCAUGAACCCUUUAAUCAGCCCCACAAAUGCCCUUCCACAAUGUGUCGUUACCCUUUACAUCUCGAAUAUAAAGCCUCUGAUCAAACACCCUCGACGCUGAUGUCAGUGUUUAAGGGGUUGCCAUGGAGCACACAGUGGGGCUGUGUUGCAGAAAGUGCUCGGCUUGGCGUGCACUUCACAGCAGUGUUGCUCUGAUCGGCUCCUGCAAGCUAUUAACUCAUUUGGCUCGGCUGGACCUGCUCAGAGCUGCCCAAAACCAUGUGACAUGAUCAUUUUUCUCAUCCUUGUGUGACUGACUGUCUCAGUCUGUAGUUCUUUUAUCUCGACUUGCUAUUCCUGUCGGACACAAGUGCUUCAGACUAAACGGGAUAAAUGAGGGAUUAUGUCAAAUAUGGAAAAAGAAAGUAGGUUGAUUGGUUUGUGCUACACAGUUGGCGUUAAAGAUGGUCAUUGGUCACGGACAGAGUAUGUAAACUGUUGAUAUGAGACCUGUCAAGGAUGGUUGUUCAGUAAGAGAGCGGGGAUUUGUGUCUCUGAGUGCUAAUGGGCUCUCGCACAGAUGAGUCUCACCUCCGAAGUUCAUAAAGAGAUUAUCAAUGUGCAAACUGCAGAAAACGGUAAAACAGAAAUCACAAGAGGGAUCUGACUGUAGACCUCCAUUGUCAGGACCCACCUCCACUGUGAGAAACCGAGGUGCGAUUUUUCUCACGCGCUCCAGUUUGUUUGAAGUAGUCAUUGUAUUUUGUCUUUUUUGAACACAUGAAUACACAAAAAAUAGUAUUUAAGGGACAUUCUGGCGUAAAAUUAAUUUAGGGUCAAACACACACCACACCACAACACAGAGUUAGACACCCCCUAGAGAGAUGAAUGUUGCCGACUGCUUGCUUCUCUAGUUUUACCAACUUUAGUAACAACUGCACAAUAGCAAUACACAGCAGUCUGAGGAGCCAUAAACAAACCUCAACCAAAACGCCACUCUAUAGCCACAAACAAUGCUCAGAACAGCAACUUACUUUAUCAAGAGUACAUAUAAGGUCCUAGCCACAGCACCAGCCACCAAAGAGACUAAACACAACUCGCCUACUCUCUUCCAGUAGCCGCUUGUUUGUAGCGAGACCUCGGGCCAGUCCAUUACAGGCUACAGCGGGGUGACGCAGCUCAAGGAUGAACAUUUAUGAUCAUUUCUUUAUCAUUUCCUUGAAGUAAUAAACACCAUAUUAAUCAUUUUGCACUGCAGACGCGGUAGUUUUUCCGCCUUAGCGUCUUGCGUUACCAUGAAGAAAUGAGCAUAAAUGUCCAUCUCUCGAGGAGAUGUUUAACUCGGUUUUACGGUGUGUUUGACCCUAAAUUUAUUUUACACCAGAAUAGCCCCAAGAAAUAAAAUAUAUUCACUCAAGACCAAAAAUAUGUACUUCCUGGUCUAAUUGUUUUUGAUUUAAAAGGCUUCAAAUCAACUUCAAACAUUAAAUUUUUUUUUUUUUUUUUUUGCUUUAUUUGCUUUUAUUUUGAAAUCCACCUCUGGUCCGCUCAGUCGAGGUGGGUCAUCACAGUGGAGGUCUGCAGCCAGACUGUUUUGGAAUUCACAAAGCAACCAAACCUGCUCAAGUCAAAUCAUAUUUAUUUAUGAAGUAUGUAACUUGACGUUUUAGAGGCUGCUGUGUUUGGCUCUGACCUUUAACCUGCCAUUUCAUGAUAAUGUCAGUGUGUAACAGAGCUACCAAAACCCCUGAUAUUAUGAAUGAUCAUUUUAAACUCUGUGAUCUGUGUUUUCAUGUGUGCGCAGAUUCUUGUUGGAGAGCUGUGUGCGUUUUUUACCAAGGCAGAGGGAACCCAGGAGAAGACCAUCGUCACUGCUGACUGCUGCUACUUCAACCCCUUACUCAGGCGCAUCAUACGCUUCCUAGGUGAAUGUGCUGUUUUGUUUCACAUAGCUAGAGAUAGUCUGAUGAGGAGAGAAGGAGCCAGAAUACAGAUCGAUUAAAAAAAAAAACAUGACAGAAAGGAUCAGCAUGUAUGACUGUGGCCGUGCUGCACUUCAGAAAUGUGUUAAACCUCGACUGUUACAUGCAGCCGUUAAUUAGAUGAGGAAGUUGGAUAUAAUUUUGUGCAGAUAUUCAGUAUCAUGGCAGGAAGGAACUUGUGAAUAUGAAGUAGCUGAUAAAUUAGCAUAUUGAGCUGAAUCAGCCGAGAAGUAGACCUCAGUUAAAAUUUCACACCUUAGCUGAUAAUAAAGUGUCGGGGUUAUUUUAGGAAGUAAAAACACAUCAUCUCCUCCUCCCUGUCAUGUUGCCUUAACAUGUUUUUAUAUUUGAUUUCAUAUCCUUUCCUUAUUUUUCUUCUGCAUCUAUGAUGAUGACUCUCUCUUUUCUCCUUCUUUCUGCUUUUCAUCUACUGUACAUUCAUUUCUAGGUGUCUACGCCUUUGGCCUGUUUGCAACCACCAUCUUUGCCAACGCCGGCCAGGUGGUAACAGGAAACCAGACGCCUCACUUCCUGUCUGCCUGCAGACCGAACUACACAGCAUUAGGCUGCCAGUCCACCACGCAGUACAUUGCAGAACGCCGAGCCUGCACGGGCAACCCGCUGGUUGUAAUGUCAGCACGUAAAUCCUUCCCGUCCAAGGAUGCAGCGCUCAGUGUGUACUGUGCACUGUAUACAGUGGUAGGUUAAAAUUCGCCUAAACUGAUCAGAGGUAAAAGUUGAAAGUUAGUUAAGCUGUGUAGUUAAUAUGUUAAAUUGUAAAAUGAGCACUGUCAGGGAGUGUUGUCAGAGAGAGCAACCUCGAAUCUACUGGAGAAGAGUCGGUCAACUAUAAUGGAGUUUUUUCAAUCUGUCGAAAAAAUUCAACUUAAACGGUCACUGAGUGGCGGAUUAAGGUUCACACUUCUUUAAGUGACAUUAGAUACCACAUGCAGGCCUGCAUGUUGGGAGCGUGGUGGUCUAGAGGGGUAACAGGGGCACUAUGAGUGAUGAUACCUGACCAUGAAGAGCCUUACAGAGUUAUACAAUACAGGCGAGAAUUUCAAGGACUCUUUUUAUCACAUCAUUUUAAACUUUGUUAAGGUGAAAGAAGCCUGUCAUCAAAUGUUAAGGAAAGUGAUGCUGGACAGUAGCCUUAUGCCAUCGAAGACAGUUACUGUGAAUCAUUAGAGGUGUUUGGAGCUAAGAACAAAAACCCCAAAACAUCCUUGUUUUAUUUCUGUAUAAGUAUCGUCUGAUUUCAUUACAUGAUAAAUAACUUCCCUAACUUGUGGAUCUCUUCACCUUUUUUCUUGCUAUCUAAAUCAAAUGCAGCUUCAUGUCCGCCCACACUUUUGGAUCCACUUUUAAUGCAGUUUCUUUCACCAGCUACAAAAAUCCUAUUACUAUUCACUGACAGUAAAGAGCAGGUUUUUUUCUCCUGAACUCACCAAUAUUGAAGGAUAAAAUGUGUAAAUGAGUAAUUUUCACUCUUGUUGAAUUUUAACAACCGAUUCAAGGAGUUUUCUUUACUUUAUCACUUAUUUUCAAGAAGAACAAAAAACUGGGUGUUUUGGUGUUUGUUGUUCCCUACUGUGCGUACCCUCCUUUGUGCCUCUCUGCAGAUGUAUGUGACGCUGGUGUUCAAGACCAAAGGGACACGGCUGACCAAGCCCACUAUCAGCCUCACCCUGCUCUGUCUGGCCAUGCUGGUUGGCGUAGUCAGGGUGGCAGAGUACCGCAACCACUGGGCCGACAUCCUUGCAGGGUUCUUCACCGGAGGCUCCAUUGCUGUGUUUUUGGUGAGAACGCUGAGGAAACUGGUUCUGCAAUUCAUGCGUGUCCCCAGAUUUUGAGCCUUUGAAGCUAAUAUUGCUGUGAAACAAAAAAGCUGAACCCACUCUGUUCCCCUCUGCUCAUUUGACUCCUUACAACCUCCAGGUGACCUGUGUGAUUAACAACUUUAAGCAGCUGCAGCCCAGCCCUCUUCCACUACGACCCCAGCGGCCUGAGUCCGUGCUGGGCAUGCCGAUGGUGACGAUGCCCUGCGUGGAGAGUCCACUCGAAAAGUUAAGUGGCCCUCAGGUAAGGGGUGGGGGUGGGUGUGAGGGAUGCCUGCGCUCACAAAAGAGGGACUGAGAUACUCACCCUUGUCUCUUACCUGAGUUUGUAUUCUUCCCUGAGAGAAGAAAAACCUCCGCCUGCAUGCUCCGAGACCCCCCCUUGCACCCUCACUUCCCAUAAAGACACGCAGUGAAUCCUGUGUGGAUUCACAACUCAAAGUGGGUUGUCAGACAGGUUUUUUUGAGGGGGUUGAGGGGGUAAAGUUAGGAGGUGGGCACAGUUAAUCAACAGUCUGACUAGAAGGACUCCCCACAAUCCAAGUCUGGUAAAAGAUGUGAUCAAAACACGUCGUCAAUAACAAGCUGCAGAAGAGUUAAAAUCUACAAAGUCCAUCUGACCUUGACUAAGAUGUCUGCGAUCCAUUUUAUCAUGUAGGAGAUGGGUUUGAGUCCAUCCUCUUCUUCCUCAGGUUAAGACCCUUAACAGCAGCAGCUAUCCUCAGUAGACAUGUUUACAUGUGCAAAAUUUCUUGAUCCAGUUAAAAAUUUGAGGGAUCUGAUAAUCUGAAUCCACUGUUUAUAUGGGUGCAAAAUCAAAUAAUCCAAUCAUGACGUGCGUAUACAUGCACCAAGCUUUAUUCAGAUUAGAAGCAUUUGGAGAUGCACAGAGUUUUCUGAUUUCGCUAAAACAAUCGCAGAAGAGUUGUGUUGACACCUGUAUUGUCAACAAACCAACAAACGCGGUAGUGGCUCACUCCAUCCAGUUGAGGAGUUUUCCCUCUGUUAAAUAUUGUCACUAGAUGGCGCCUUUACAUAUUUAUUUUACUGUUCUGUCAAAGGUUGCGCUGUGCGUGCAGAUAUGACAUCACUACGCUGUACGUACGCCUUGUUAUGUUACCGGAGAAGCAGAUAUGACAGCUGCGGUUGUUUUAUGCCACAGUGUUAAUAAUGAAACCUCCUGUACUGGCCUCAGUAAAUAAACCAAAGGCCAAAGAGUGAAGAUCAGGUCAGGUAAGAGAGUCACAAUCAGAAUUAGAAUAAGUGUUUACAUGGACACGCGUGUUUCAGAAUAACGAUCGGCAUAAACCAUCCUUCUCGAUCAGAAUACAAUUUCUUUCCGAUUGAGCCAAAUCGGAUCAGAAUCUUCCGAUCGACAUGUUAACACGACACAUUUUUAUUCCGAUUUGGCCUUUAAUCAGAUUAUUUGUGCUCACAGAAAUGCAGCUCAUGAUUCAGAUCGUUUGACUUUUCAGGAUACGUGCCUGGUUCUGGUAAUACGACAUUCUAUUAACUCCUAGUUAAAUUUAUUCUCUACUAUUUGUUUUUAAAUAAAGAUGUUUUGGGAUUCAGGUUUUUCUUUUUAUUUGGGGACCUUAAACAGAAACGUUCAGAGACCCCUGCUCAGGGAUGCAGCAGCGCAGUAGUAGGAGUAUGAAUUGUCAGUGUCCUCUAUGGUCUGUCACUGUCACUAACCCUCACCUGACUGCCUCUUUCCUCUGUCUCCCACCCUUCCUCUCAAUCUCCUCCCUUGUCCCUCACUCUCCUCCAGCAUCCUGCACUCCCUGCCACCUCCCCACCUUACAACACCUACGUCCAGCCAUUCUAACCAACUUUUGAUAUAUUUUUUGCCUGUCCUCGCUAUUCCUCACUACCCUCGUCCUCUGUUGCCUUAUUUCUGUUUUUACUCUUUGCAUCUGUUUCUUCUUCUUCUUCCUCUUCCUCGCUUCUCAUCCCGUACAUCGCUCUUGAUUAUUCUUUUCUUCACUUUUCUCUCUUCCUCGCCUUCUCUCUGCCCCGUCCUCUCUCUUUUUUCUCACUCCUCUCUUUCCCCUGCAGACUCCGCGGGGAUCUCCGUUCACCGAGAUCACAUGACCAUCAGCCCUAUCGGUUCCCCACCACCCCCGAUGUCAUCAUUCCGUCUCGCUCCAUUUCCAGCGAAGUCUAGACCAGUCAGAGCAGCACUCGCCGCACUGUGCCGCCCAUCCAGCUGGGCGGUACGCAACGCUGCAUCGCUCCUAUUCCACGCAGGUCUAGACCUCCUGUGAUAAACACGUAAACCUCCCUGCCCUAUGAACCCCCGGGGAACCGAUAGACAAAUUCCACAAAGACUUUCUCUUUGCUGAAAACUCAGUUAGGAGAAAAACAUUCAGAACAGAUUCAGGUACAUCUCUAUCUUUUCGUUUUGUUUGAAGACUUUUGUUGUUCCUUUUUUUUUUUUUUGGUAUGAACUCAGUCAUGAAAACUGUGACCACCGAGAAUGUUUGACUUUUUCGUUUUUUAAACUGUGCAAAUAAGUUUUCAUCAUCGGAAGAGAGCUAAAAGUGGUCGUUGAACUUCUUGUUUGACUCAUGUGACGCGGCUUUGACAUCGACAGUUCACGCUGGACCAAAAGAAACCUGCAGAAGGAUCCCUGUGCUGCUGAGAUUUACCUGUAAAAACCUCCUUUGAGCAAGCCAUAUGCACACACACACACACACACACACACACACACACACACACACACACACACAAAGGUUUACCGAAGUCACUUUUGGGGUACUCAAAAGUCCUACAUCUGUGAUUUUAAAAUCUUUAUUUUUCCAACUGCCUCAGCUUUUGUCGCUAACUGCAGAAAAGUCCCCGAUAAACAGGUUAUAAAUGUUUCUAAGCGACUGAAGUCAUACCCACAACUGCGACACUUCACCACACCACACGCUGCAGUCUGAGUAGCACUUUUGACAGGUUUACUUAGAUCAAAGAUUUAUCUCCGAUCUCUUGGCAGACAAAAGCAAAGAGGAUCAAAGUACCUACAUCUUCGCUUGGCUUCCUCAGCCAUGUUUUUGUUUAAUCUUGACGGUCGCUGCUUUGCCAAAAAAAAAAAAAAUGACAUGACAAACACAUUUGGAAAGACAAAGCCAAGCUUCACAGCAAGCCAAACGACGUGCAUCCCAUUCAGGAACCAGUAUUUCAUGCAAACUCUGUCCGCUCAGCCAACAGGCCUGUUGUUCUUUAUUUAUUAAUUUCACUCUUGAACAUGUCUUGCUCUAAAGCUUGUUUUAUCUCUGGAAGAGAUCUGCUAAGACUGCCACAGUCAUGUAAUUAUUGUGAUUAAUUUUGCAAAGUUUAUUAUCAGAUUUAUUUAUUGACGUGUACAUAAAAUGUGAUUGCCAGAAGCGCUGAGAGACGCGUGACAGUUUUGCUGGUUUUGAUUUGCACACUCCCUCAAAUCCAGGAUUUCUUUCUUAUCUUUCCUCUUCGUCUUUUUCCACUCUCGGUUUAGUUCUUGUCUCUGCGAUGUUGGUUUUUUGACUAUUAUAUCCCAUCACUGUGCUGUGAAAUGUUUCCCUCUGCUGGACGACAUAAACACACACCCACACACACACACACACACACACAGACAGACAUGCACAAAAGGAUCAAAUACUGAUUUGGUGGACCACUUGCACAUUGCGGCAUUUUUAAAAGCACACACAAACACACACAGUCACAUGUUUAUCCCCCUGAUUAGUUGCUGACACUUUUUGUAUGAUGUAAAUAAAUUUUUUGUAACAAGCUUGUGAUUUUUACACAAGCAUCGACACUAAAUGAAGAGACUGGGAAACAUCUUGUAUUUAUUAUGAUUAUGAACCAUGUGUAUGAAGGUGCUGAAUCACUCUUAAAUAACAUUAGAUGUGUGUUAAAUCCAUCAUGUGGCUCAUUCUUUGAAUCAAACUCAAAUGAGAAAACUGCUGACUCAUGGUUACAGGUAUGCUGUGCGUUCAUUAGCAAUGAAACUGAAAUUCUGUGAUUUUUCAAUGACAGUAUGAGUUUAAAAUGUGGUUGAAAGACA